AUGGUCUCUAUUAAUGAGGGAUGGCAACCUCUUGGUGGACCAAGACAAUUGCCCCGUGAUCCGCCGAGUUCAUUUCCACAAGUGAUAGAAUCUGAUGAAGAAGUGGAACAAGUUAAACCGUUUAAGAGAUCGGCUUCACGUGGAAAAGCUAAAAUGGGAUCGUCUAGCAAGCAAGGUAAUCCAGAUAAGUGGGAUCGUCUUACCACUGCCAUUGAAGAUCAAGGAAAGUUCUAG